AUGAAAUUGCCUCUUUUUUGGUUUUGCAUACUCUUCUUAUUCUUCACUUUCAACUUCUUAACCUCAGUCUCAGCAGCCAGCAAGGAGAAGAAAUCCAAGGGCAAGGGGGCAAAAUGGUCAAACAGCUGGGGUAAAACUCACAUUGGAGGAUCCUCUUCUUCAGUUUUAUCCUCUCCAGGUAGCUCAGUGGGAUUAGAUGGCAGUGUAGGGUCUUUGUGGAGCACAUCUGGCCGCAGGACUGGCAGUUUGUACUGCAGGGUAGGAAUUGGCUUUCAUCUCCAGAUCCACCCGGAUGGCAAAGUCAACGGCUCCCAUGAAGCCAAUCAUUUAAGUAUUUUGGAAAUAUUUGCCAUCUCUCAGGGGAUUGUAGGAAUAAGAGGAGUUUUCACCAACACAUUUUUAGCCAUGUCAAAGAAAGGAAAACUUCAUGCAACUCCCAAAUUUACAGAUGAAUGUAAAUUCAUGGAGAGAUAUCAGGAAAACAGCUACAACACCUAUGCUUCAGCUGUUUACAGGACUGAAAAGUCAGGACGAAGGUGGUAUGUGGCGCUAAACAAACGAGGAAAGGCAAAAAGAGGCUGCAGCCCACGAGUAAGGCCUCAACAUAUAUCAACACACUUCCUUCCAAGGAUCAAAUACACAGAACCUCCAGAACUCUCUUUCACCAUUACAGCUCCUGAAAAGAAAAAGACUGCAGCAUCUCCCACCAAACCAAAGACUGUAGUGCCUCCAUCAAAGAAGAACAGUAGUCCAGUUAGAUAUAGACUGAAGUUUCGCUUUGGAUAAAUUGUGCUUUGCACUUAUUUGGGAAGAUUUAAUAACCUAGUGAAAACUGAUGAUGGAUACCACGACACAGUCUACAAACAACUCCAGAAACAUACAUAUAAACAUAUUUUAUUUUUGAAA